AUGCUGUCCAAUCCAACAGGACUUCACGCCCGGCAAAAGCAGCACCGACGUCAAAAUUCGACACCGUCUGCUUUUGAGGGCGCCAAGAUCCCUAAUCUGCCAACUACACAACGACAAACCGCACACCGGCGCGGCCUCAGCCUAGAUGUUCGACGACAACAGAACCAGAACAUCAACUCAGCAGCAACAAGGCAGAACUACAUGCAAGUUCUGCGAGAAGCGCAGCAGCAACGCAUUCAAGCACGCCCGGGCACACAGAACCCUUACGCCAACCUGGCGCCAAGUGGAAGUGAGAACUAUCUCAUGUCCCCUCAUGGAACUCCUCAGACACAACGAUUCGACCCGUCCUGCUUUGACCCCAACUCACUUCCCUUUGACCCUUACACUACUGAUCUUAACGUGAUGAUGGGCAAGGGCCAACAGGCUGCAUACGGUGACAAUAUGUCGGGAGGUAAGGAAUUUGAUAUCUUUAACAAUGACAGUGCACUUUCAACUCCAACGUUCAUCAACUUUCCUUCUGAGGGUUCCUCCGCUCAGGGCUGGUCCUCUGAAGGUGACACCUCCAGUACAAGGAGAACCUCCAGAAGGAUAAGUGGUGGCAUCCUGGACCGCGUUAACAAGUUUGAGACCUUGGACUCAACGACAAGACCCGCUACGCCUCCUAACCAAAACCAAAGUCAGAGCCAGAGCCAGAGCCAGAACACACAAAGUCAGUCGCUCAGCUGGACAAUGACAAUGCCUGAGACGGCUAACCUUGCGCAAGGUUACUUUCCCCCUACGCCAAUUGAGACUCCCCACGACCGGUUGGCCAAGGAUGAGAGCAUGCCAAGUCGGUUCGCUGAUGGCUAUGAUGAGUCUAUGGAAGAGACGAUCAAGCCCGUGAGGAGCCGUGGAGGAAACCGAAGGGCUCAAACCAUCUUCCAAGACAUCAGACAACAUUCUGAGCAAGUCAUGUCUAGCCCAGCUCGGUCAAAUACUCUUCCUGAGUCAUCCUUCAAUGGACUGCCAAUGUCGACACCUGACUACAUGAGCAUGAACAGCUUCAACAACGAGUUCAUGAAGAUCGAGAGCGACUUUGGUCGGGAUGACAUCCAGGGUCUCAGCCAUCAGCUACCACAACAAGUCACUCCCAGCACUCCUCAAAUGACACAGUACAUGGGAUCUUUUGACAACAAGCCUGAACUCCAAACCUAUCCCAUGGGUGCUCAAUCUGUCUCUGGGACCCCCUCUCAGACACCAUCUCGUCGCCACUCUCCCCAUCGCCGCACGGAGUCAGUUGCCAGCAUCGCAAGUGCUGCCAGCAUCGCCAGCAUCAACAUUGAGGAGACCAAGACAGAAACCGGAGUCACUCAGGAUGAGAUCGCCCAGUUCAUUAGUGGCCCAGACGCCAGUGACGGCAAGUGGACAUGUACCUAUGAAGAUUGCGGCAAGAAAUUCGGCCGCAAGGAGAACAUCAAGUCGCAUGUUCAGACCCAUCUCAAUGACCGACAAUACCAGUGUCCCACUUGCAAGAAGUGCUUUGUUCGACAGCACGAUCUCAAGCGACACGCCAAGAUCCAUACUGGAAUCAAGCCCUACCCUUGCGAAUGUGGCAACAGCUUUGCUCGCCACGAUGCUCUUACUCGACACCGCCAACGAGGCAUGUGCAUUGGUGCUUUCGAUAACGUCGUGCGCAAGGUUGUCAAGCGAGGCCGGCCGCCUAAGAAGAGCCGCCCUGAUAUCGAGACUCGCAUGGAGAAGUCGGCGCGAACCCGCAAGAAGAACAUGUCUGUCAGCUCAAUGUCAUCAUUCUCUGCUUGUUCUGACAGCUCAGCUGUCAACUCACCAGAACAGUUUAUGCUUGGUGACAUGAUGGACAUUGGAAUGAGUUCACAGAACCAGGCUCUCGCUGCCGUCUCUUCAGCACCAAUGACUGGCAUCACAGCCGCCGCUCUUCAGGAGUAUGCCUCCUCUCCCUCCGCUGGCAGCGCACACUCAUAUGUGUCCCCAGAGGCCAUCAUGGAGGGCACUCCCAUGCACGCCGCAUCUCCUUCCAAGAGCAUCGCAAGCCAGUACAACACACCACCUGAGCUCUCGCAAUCAUCUUCCCCCCCAGCCACCCACUUCUUCGACGUCGACCCCAACACUUCAAUCAACAAUGACGAUCUGACCAUCAUUCCCGGGACAACAACUUUCGUCACCUCGGCAACCAUGGCUGCCUCUCUUCCCCUUGGCCUAAGCAAUGCAGACGAUGAAAUGCUGUAUCAAUUUGCCAAUGACGACGAUCUUAUCCAACUGGAUCGCGACUCCAACAUGCUCAUGAGCAAAUUUGACGAAGAUUUCGACAACGUCGGCAUGUUCACCAACAACAAUGACGACGUCUUCUUUGGCAGCAACUAG